AUGAGUGCAAAUGAAUACCGCAAGAGAUAUUUUGAUAUUUGGUGGAAUGGUAUAAAAAGUCUGCCUCAUACGACUUCAAUACACGGGUUUAAGUUUAUAGCUGAUACUAAACGACACUGGGUAGAAAGGAUCUUUUGGUUGGUAUUCGUAGCACUCUCAUGGUAUGCUUCGUCAUUACUGAUAGCGGCUCAGUAUGACGCGUAUCUAAACAACCCUAUUUCAUUUGUGGUGGAAACAACUUACAAAGAUUGGAAUACAUAUUUUCCCGCCGUCGCUGUAUGCGAAAACGACAAUUCAAAACGUGCUGAAGAAAUAUCUGACAGUUUGUGGGGUCAAGAACAUGAUUUUAACAUAGAGGAAGUUUUAAAGGAAUGGGCAUUUUUCAAAGGCGUCACAUACUACACCUCCGAAUUUUGUAAUGUAGAAAAUGGAGAAGUUUUACCAGAGUGCGUCGAAUCUAAUCUAACUUAUUAUGCCAAUUUGGUAAGAAGUACCUGUAAAGAAAGUUUAUCAGACUGUUCUUGGAACGGCGAAGCUUUUGAGUGUUGUGAUUAUUUCCGACCUUUGGAUACUGAACUAGGCACGUGUUACGCCAUCAACUCUAUUCAAGGAAGAGAAUCGAAUCCGCCAUUUCUACGAAUGGUAAGCAACAGGACUACGGGUCCUGGAGUGCUGAGGUUCAAUGUCCUAAUACCCGCUAAUGUUUACGUUCUAAACGAAGAAGACGUACCAGCUCUAACAACAAUUGGAUCAGAUGUAUUGAUUGUGGGUCCAGAAAUGUUUCACAGACGGUACAUAGCUCUUAGAAACAUUGAAAAUGAUUCCGGGACCCGUUCUAUCGCUCCGGAGAAGCGCAAAUGUCGAUACAACGAUGAAAAUUUUUUGGACGUGUAUCGCCACUAUUCUUAUACAGCGUGCACCGUACAAUGCCGAAAAGACGCCCAAAUGCGUUUCUGUAAUUGUUCUAAUUAUUUCAUGCCGAAUGUACCGGAACAUCUCAAAUGCAAUGUACUGAAAGCACCAUGGUCAUCGAGACCUGGUCUGUAUUGCAAUUGUUUACCGUCUUGUACAGAAGCAGAGAUUUCCGUCAUUAAUGAUUUAAAAGACGCCACUGCCGAAGACUAUGCCACUGUAGAAAUAGAACUAGCGAUGUUGCCAUCCGAGCGGUACAGGAGGAAUGUCGUAAGAGGAAUACUUGACCUAGUCGAUUUAGAUGUCAUUUUCCUGAAAACACUUCAUUUGCAAUUUAAUGUACCUGCACUGUCAACAAAUUCUAAUGAUGACCAUCCCAGUAUGCAACUCACAAAUAAAAUGUUGAGUUACAAACUGCAAUGCAAACAACCAAAUAUCAUCCUACAAUACCACUCUUAUUUAUGUUUAAGCUAA